AUGUCGAUCGCAGCAACUAAGAUCGGCAUUCUGUCAAUUGGUGACAUGGGAAUGGGAAUUGCGAAGCUGCUCAGCGCGCACGGCUUCUCGGUAGCAACAAGCGGCAAAGGCCGGAGCAACGAUACGAUCGAGCGCGCAAAGGGCGCAAAUGUCGAGGUGCUCAAGUCCGACGUCGAGCUGACGGACGCCUGCGCCGUCAUCCUCUCGGUGGUCCCACCACGUGACGCGACCGCGACCGCAGAGCGCAUCAUCGAUGCGCUGGUCGGCGCUACGUCUAGGGUCCAAGAGCCUCUCUACUUCGCGGACCUCAACGCGGUCGCACCAUCCACGAGCCGCACCAUCGCCGCGCUAAUCGAGAAGUCGCGCGCGCCGAUCCGGUUCGUGGACGGAGCUAUCAUCGGCAGUCCGCCUUCUUUGAAGGAGCGAUUAGAGGCAGAGAACGGUGAUGCGGAAUGGAGCAGGCCUAGUGUCCCAACCUCGGGACCACACAAGUUGUCGGAUAUUCCAGAUUUUGGACAGAAGCUGUUUUCGACUCUCAACAUGCGUCAUAUUUCUGAUGACAUCGGUGCGGCGAGCGGCCUCAAGAUGUGUUUCGCUAGCACAACAAAAGGUUUUACCUCCAUCGCGAUCCAGUCAUUUACCACGGCACAUCGUUUAGGGGUCCUAGAUGAGUUGAGACAGGAACUGGAACGUGUGUCACCCGCCUCACUCAAAACGGCCGAAAAAGGCGUCGUUGGCAUGGCACCCAAGGCAUACCGAUGGGUUAGGGAGAUGGAGGAGAUUGCACUCACUUUUGAAGAAGACGGGGGCUUCAGCCAGGACACUUUUAGAGGCGCGGCCAAAGUGUACAGGGCGGUCGCCGAGGAAUCAGAGUUGGGCAAGGAGAAAAUUGGCAAGAGGAAACGAGGUACAACAGUCGAAGAUAUGGCAGCGGCGAUGGCUGAAGGCAUGGACAAGCGAAAGAAGAAGGACGUGUGA